AUGGGUGCAGAGUGUGUCCUUCGUGUGUCCAGCAUGAGUAACAUCUAUGAGUCUGCAGAGGCGACCCUUGGCCUGUGCAACUCUUCCUGUCUGACCAAGGUUGAGCUGAGAGUGGCUUGUCGAGGGAUCUCAGACCGAGAUGCCCUUUCUAAACCAGACCCCUGUGUUGUCCUCAAGAUGCAGUCACACGGGCAGUGGUUUGAGGUGGACCGUACAGAGGUGAUCCGUAGCAGUAUCAAUCCAGUGUUUUCCAAGGUGUUUCUGGUUGACUUCUACUUUGAGGAGGUUCAGCGUCUUCGCUAUGAGCUACAUGACAUCAGCUCAGCUCACAAUGGACUCAGAGACACAGACUUCCUCGGAGCUAUGGAGUGCACGUUGGGACAAAUCGUGUCCCAGAGGAAACUGUCCAAAGCGUUACUUAAACAGGGAAACACUACCAGCAAGUCCUCCAUCACAGUAACAUCAGAGGAGUUAUCAGGUAAUGAUGACUACGUAGAACUCUCCUUCAGCGCUCGCAAACUAGACGACAAGGAUUUCUUCAGUAAAUCAGAUCCGUUUUUGGAAAUCUUCAGAAUAAAUGACGAUGGCAGCGGAUCACUAGUUCACAGAACUGAGACGGUGAUGAACGACCUCAGCCCGGUGUGGAAGUCAUUCAAGGUCUCUCUCAACACACUAUGUAGCGGAGACCAUGACCGCCAACUAAAGUGCACAGUGUAUGAUUGGGACUCCAAUGGGAAGCACGACUUCAUUGGAGAGUUCCAGACCACCUAUAAGGAGAUACGCACAGACCUGGAAGGGAGACAGAUGCAAUGGGACUGUAUAAACCCUAAGUACCAGGUGAAGAAGAAAAACUACAGAAACUCUGGUGUCGUCGUCCUCAACCACUGUAAGAUCAUCAAGAUGUAUUCUUUCCUGGACUACAUCAUGGGGGGCUGUCAGAUCCAGUUCACAGUGGCCAUAGACUUUACAGCAUCAAACGGAGACCCUGGGAACAGCUGUUCUCUCCACUACAUCCAUCCGUACCAGCCCAAUGAGUACCUGAAAGCCCUGGUGGCUGUGGGAGAAAUAUGUCAAGACUACGACAGUGACAAGAUGUUUCCAGUUUUUGGGUUUGGAGCUCAGAUCCCACCUGACUUCAAGGUGUCACACGAUUUUGCCGUGAACUUUGAUGAAGACAAUCCGGAAUGUCCCGGUAUCCAGGGUGUGGUAGAAGCCUACCAGGGCUGUCUUCCUAAGAUCCAGCUGUACGGACCGACCAACAUCGCUCCCAUCAUACAGAAAGUUGCUUCUUCUGCCUCAGAGGAGAUGCACACCAUGGAAGCUAUGGAGUAUUUCAUCCUGUUGAUCCUAACAGAUGGAGUGAUAACAGACAUGGCUGACACUAGAGAAGCUAUAGUACAUGCUUCCCACCUACCCAUGUCUGUCAUCAUAGUAGGAGUGGGAAACGCUGACUUCAGUGACAUGCAGAUGCUGGACGGAGACGAUGGAAUACUCAGGUCCCCAAAAGGAGAACCUGUUCUCAGAGACAUUGUCCAGUUUGUUCCCUUCAAAGACUUCAAACACGCAUCCCCGGCUGCGCUAGCUAAGAGUGUGCUAGCAGAGGUGCCCAAUCAGGUGGUGGAUUACUACAAUGCCAAAGGAAUCCAUCCCAAAUGUCUGUCUGACUACGACGAAUCUACCAGACCCUUCAGCCCCUGA